AUGAUGAUGAUGAGCUUGAAGAAGAGCCCUCAAAUUGAUGAGAAAGAGAAAGGAGCAUUAUCCCCUAGGGAAUCACCAGUAUCAUCAUCAUCCAAGGCAAGUUCUUGUAAUAAUAAGAAUAAUAAUAAAAAGAAGUAUGUAGAGCCACCAAGCCCUGCUUUACCUUCUGGUUGUUGCCGAGGAUUCACCAAUAAUAAUAAUAAUAAUGUCAAGAUCAAGAAUAAUGCUACUUCUACUACUAAUAAUGGAUCCAUAGCCUCAACCUCACAACAAAAUCACCAAACACUCGAAUCUAAGGUGGCAGAUUUAGAAAAGGAAGUGCAAAAGCAAGCAGAACUAAGAGUAAUGUAUAGAAAAAGAAUGGAAAGAACACAAGACUACUUGAGAUAUUGCCUUCAAAUAGCACAAGAGAAUGGAAUAUUGGACCUUAUUGUUCAACAACCUCCUCUCUCUCAUGCUUUAAGCUCAUCCUCCAUUAUUGCAAGCCCUCAAGUUCAAAUCCCCACUUCUACUACUACUACUCAUCUUGCUCGUAUCAUAGAUCAAGCCAAAAUCAAUGGAUGGUACAUUGAUCCUAUUGAGAUUCAUUUGCAAGAGAAAAUUGGGGAAGGAAGCACCGCAGACAUAUACAAGGGAAGAUGGCGAGGAUUUCAAGUGGCAGUGAAAUGCAUAUCGCCAGAGUUCUUCCACACAAACCAAAACGGCGUCGUUUUCUUCGUUCAAGAACUCGAAACCCUCUCCAAACAACGCCAUAGAUUUGUUCUUCAGCUAAUGGGUGCGUGCUUGGACCCUCCCCAACAAGCAUGGAUUGUAACCGAGUACUUAACCACCAAUCUAAAAGAGUAUCUGCAUGGACCUGGCAAUACAAGAAGCAAAGAGAGAGUGGUGCCACUCUCACCCUUUAGAGAGAGGAUUGUCAUGGCAUUGGAGAUUGCACAAGCCAUGCAAUAUUUGCAUCGCCAGAACCCUAAGAUUAUUCAUCGUGAUCUCAAACCUAGUAAUAUUUUUUUAGACGAUGCGUUGCAUGUUAGGGUUGCGGAUUUCGGUCAUGCCAGAUUCUUAGGCGAUCAGGAGAUGGCUCUCACUGGAGAAACAGGAACAUAUGUGUACAUGGCACCAGAGGUGAUCCGAUGUGAACCUUACAAUGAAAAAUGUGAUGUAUACAGUUUUGGAAUCAUACUCAAUGAGCUUCUAACUGGAAACCAUCCAUACAUUGAGACAGAAUAUGGUCCCACCAAGAUUGCAAUGGGAGUUGUGGAGGGUAAGCUGAGGCCAAUGCUUCCAUGUGAUGAUGAUUCUAACCUAAUGGAAGACCUAAUUGACCUUAUUAACCUUUGCUGGCAUGCAAACCCAUCAACAAGACCAUCUUUUGAAGCUAUCACACGUACCCUUGAAAUUUAUGUGAAGAAGCUCUAUCAAACUAUAUCAACUCCUUAA